CGGUGUAAAUAGAAAAACUACUUCUUAGUUGUGCGUCAGCGGAGAGACGGAGGAGCGCGAUGUGGCCGCGGGGUUAGUUCAGAGAGAUUAAAGGCGAUCAGCUGGAUUCAUGAUGAAGAUGAAGAUGUGUGCGCUGUUUGUGAUCCUCGCUCUCGCGUCCCAGCAUGCAUCAGGGGUGGAGGUGUUUGAGGGGGAGGAGUCUGUCCUGCUGCCCUGUAACAUGGUUGUUCCUAAGGAUCAUGCGAUUGUGUGGAAACGCGAAGAUCUGUCUUCUCAGAUCGUUCACGCCAUCGUGGAGGGAAAAGAUGACAUUACCAACCAAAACGAGCGUUACUCCAGCCGAACAUCAAUGUCCGCCGACGCCCUGCAGACCGGAGACCUCAUCAACCAAAACACGCGCUACUCCAACCGAACAUCAAUGUCCGCCGACACCCUGCAGACCAGAGACCUCAGCCUCACUCUGAGGAAGCCCACGUUCACCGACAGUGGGACCUACGCCUGUGUCACCCGCAAACAUGGAGCGGACCAGCAGAGGACUGAAGUCCAGCUGAAGGUCAAAGAACGUCCUGUCUGGCCCAAAGUCCUCCCCGCUGUCCUGGUUCCUGUGGUUCUCCUCGGUGCUGUCGUUGUUUUCCUCCUGUAUCGCGUGACACAAAGAGAGAAGCUCAUGACAGUGGGUCAGCUGACACCACUGGAGGUGAUGGAGGGGGCGCCGUCUGUCCUGCUGCCCUACACACACACAUGCUGCCUGGGUGAGGUCGUCAAAGUGGAGUGGUUCUUUGUGACGCAUGAAAACAAGAAGGUGUGCGUGUUUGAGAACGGUCAGAUCAAACGUGACCAACAGCACACAGAUUACAGAGAGCGCGCAGAGAUGGAGUCAUUCCCACCCAAGGAGACGAAGACCGACCAGCUGAAUCGGCCUGAAGUUGACCUCAGCCUGACCCUGAGGAACCCCGUCUGUGCAGAUGGAGGAGUUUACCUCUGCAUCCUCCACGACAGGGCUGUGAACACCAUGAAACUCAAGCUAGUGCCGCUCCUGGUCAAAGAGCCCCUGAUGACGACCAUUAAAGCUGCAGUCGGGAGACGCAACAAGGCGGCCCAGCGCUUGCCUUCAUUUCGUGUGUCUAAAGGAAAGAAGAACGUUGCAGAAUCUCAUCCACUGAACAGUCAGCCAGUCUGAUGCGAUGAAGCUGGAGAUGAUGAAGAGGAGGCUGCCGUCAGCUCGUCCUUCUCCAUGGAUGUGAAACAGGAAGCUCAGUGUAACAGCUGAAGCUGUCUCUCAUGUAUGAACUAACGAUGGAGCGUUGUCCUCUCAGUUUCUUCUUCUUCUGUCUGCUGCAGACUCUGCAUUGAUCACAUGACCCACCCGCUGUUUUACUUUUACCUGUGUCUGCAUGUUAGUGGAUCAGCAUCAUGCAUGUUCAUGCGGCCCUCUGUGAUCUUCACACUGAGCAUCAUCAUCAUCCCACUGUCAGAGAGGACCAAUCAGAGCUCAGCUCCUGGCUGUGUCUGCAGACUGACCUCAGAUCAGCACAAAGCUGUGUAACACGUCCUCAGAGGUCAGCUGGAUCUGCUCAGUGUGACGCUCUCUGUCAAUGGAAAAUUGUACUUAGUAGUCAGUAUAAUCUUUUAGUGAUAUAAGUUUGCAUAUGGUAGAAUACUGCAU